AUGGUCAUGAUGGAUUUUUCUCGGCAAUAUCAAAGUUUGACGGAACUUCGGGAUCGUGGGACCCCUUCGGAUGAAACCAAAUCUCGAUUUAGGAAGAUGGAGUAAGUUUCUAUCGAUUUUUAUGCAGGUUUUAGUCUGGCUGCGGCCGUUAAACGACUGGAGAUGGUUUAUCAGACGGCUUUGCUUCAGACGACAGUCUUGGAGGAGCAAUAUAUAUUAUUUUACAAAGCUAUAAAUUUAUGUGAGGUAGUGAAGAGAAGAGAAGACAUCCAAUUUGACGGAGUGGCAAGUUUUGGUCUCUCCUUUCUUAUUAAACCGCGUUUAGGCAAAUAUUCGAACCACUGAAAUCUUGAGAGAUUCAAUCGAAGCCCUCGAAAGACUAACGAGAGAGUUGAAACAGAGACCACAAGUUCAUGUCCGGGAAGUACAGCCAGUGAUUGUCGAAAGGAAGCCUACUUUUGAAGACGAAAUUGCGCAAGAGGAGUUUGGGAAUUACAUAACCCCAUUUCAAUUGGUCCGAUUCGUAGAGGAAUGCCGGAAAGUUGUGUUGGUUAUAGACUUUAGACGUGAUCAUUUCCCAAAUAUUGAAUAUGAAGAUCAUAAUCUCAUAAAAGUAUUGCCGUUGGAUAGUGAAUUGAUUGUCCAAGGGUAGGUUUUGGCUUAUUUUAUAUUACUUAACUUUUCUUGAAGGAUCUUUCAAUUGAUAUUACCUAUAAUUUCAGAUUGAUCUUCUCUCAUCUUUUCCAUCAUCUAAGGCUUCAACAUCGACACACAUUGAAUAGUAUCUCCAAUUAUGGACUGGUUGUGCUCAUGGGAGAUGAAUUAUCAGAUCCCGAAUGCACUCCAUUUAGUCCGAACAGUAAAUGCAAACUACUGCUUGAUGCAUUAACUGUUUAUAACACCGUAGCCAAGUUGAGAAUGCGUCCGCUUUUGCUUCAAGGUGGAUUCCAAGCAUGGGAGAGGUGUUAUCCUGUUUAUGUUGAAAGAUCAGGCCGAAGGGAUCAUUACCACGACUUUGGAAGUAUGGACGAUUUCAUGGCUCAAGUGGAGAGUGCAAGGAAGCGUAUGUUUUUAUUUUUUAUUAUUGGAUUGUAUGUUUAGAACUCAUCCGAAAAGUGGAAUAUCCCAGACUUGUGGAUUAUCCGAUGACUCCGGACAUGCAAAAUCGAUCACCAGUUGUUCGCAAUGUCCCUAUCCGGAUCGAAGGUCCUCGAGCUCCCCUUCAACCUCCGGCCUAUAAUAACAUCCAUGGAAAUCAUUCAGAUCUCUCUCCAGUUAGUCGACCAAAGGGAUACCAGGCGGACCAACGAUCUUCAAACUACGGAUUCGACAAAAAAAUACCAGAACAGGGUAUGCCUCGUCCAACCCACAACAUUCAUAUUCUAGGCGGGGCUAGGGUCGAUACCUCAUGCAUUCAACCACAUCAGUCGUAAGUGGAGGUGUUAUGUGAAGUUUUUACAGACGUGUUGUUCGUUUUUAUAUGCUUUUGAGAGUACAUUUGAUGCUUUAGAAUAUCAGCCCAAAGACCGGGCCAAUUUCGACCACCGACUCCAGACCGAUCAACCAAACAAAAAAUUCAAGACCCAGUGUAAGUUAGCUUUAGAUAUGUGACUAAUUUUAAGCCCAAGGUAAUUUUACUUGAUCGAUUUUAGACUCCUUGAAAAUCUGAAAAAGAUCGCUGAUUGGGCUUACGAAACAAUCGAUACCAAUACCCCGGAAAGCAAUGUCCCUCCAGGAUGCACAGGCCUUCAGAAUAUGGGGAACACCUGCUUUAUGAAUGCAACCUUACAAGCACUCUUCAAUACCCCCAAACUCCAAAAAUUCUUUUCGAGGAGUAAAUUCUUAGACCAUAUAAAUGGGUGAGUUGUGAUUAAUUUUAUUACCUAUUUUUGGUUUUAGUACGGGCAGUGAAAACAAAGGAAUUAUGACGGCCGUAUUCUCAGCGUUGAUGGAUCACAUUUGGAGUGGGCGAUUUGCCUUUAUCCGACCAGAGUGUUUCUUUGUAGGUUUUAAUUACACUUGAUGAUGUUCUUUCCAUUUAUAGCAAUGCUUCGCCCGGGUGUGUCCAACACUGACGGAUAGACAACAACACGACGCUCAAGAGUUUCUGACCUUAUUGUUGGGAGCAAUUCAUGAGGAUACGAAUAUGGUGCCGCAUGAAAAACAAAUUGAUCAGAAUUAUAAUGGAGUUGAUAUACCCAAAAGUUGGAGGGACUACGAAAAGAAAGCCAAACAGAACUCAAACUCUCCGAUACGGGAUAUAUUUUAUGUAAGUGGGGUCUGAUUGGUUUUAUCAAUAAGUUUCGAUCCUGUUUAAACCCUACUUUUUUAGAUGGUGACAGCGUCCCAAUUACAAUGUACCCAAUGUUUCACAUCCAGUCUAAAGUUCGAAGAGCUCAAUCAAAUCAUGCUCGAACUACCAUCAGGCUCUGAAUGUCAUAUCAAUGGAUGUUUGGAAGAACAUUUUAAGGAUACGGUAAGCAAUUUUUGUGCAGAUGAUGAAGGUCGUGAUCAUUUUUGUUCCAGUUCUUGGAAGGAAAUAACCCCUGGAAUUGCCCGACCUGCAAUCAACCUCGCCGAGCGAAAAGAUCUUCGAAACUGUGGUCAUUGCCUCCGGUCAUAAUCAUAAAUCUGAAGAGAUUUGCGAUGAAUCAGGAAGGAAGAUUCGAGAAGAAGGCCAUCGAUGUGAACUUCGACCUGAACACCCUUGAUCUCUCCCAGUUCCUCCAUCCAGACGCUCAAAAACAGAACGCGGAAUAUCGAUUAUACGCUGUUACGAAUCAUGACGGGACCCUGGACUCGGGACAUUACACUGCAUUUAUCCAUAAUCGACCGCUAAAUACAUGGCUCAAAUUUGAUGACGAACAUUGUAAAGAGGCCGAAAUAAGCGAAAUACAGGUAAAAAAUUGAAUUAUUAUGGACAAUAUUGGUCCUGAAGAUGUUAUUUCUUCUUCGACGGAAGUAAUCUAUACGUUUUUCAGACAAACAAAGCAUACAUAUUAUACUACACCAACUGCUAG